AUGUCGAUCAAUGGGAUUUCGAUCAUCCUGGCUUCAGUGGCGAUCGUUUCUAAUAAGGUUCACUGCACGCCCACCUGUGGCGUUCCAGCGACGGACGAGGCCGGGCCCACGACACCGUUUUCGACGAAUUUGGCCGUCCCGAGUGCGCGAUCUACGCUCAAUGCUGAAUUGUUGGACGUCCUAAAAAAUUUCCACUCGUCGUUCGCGGGUCAGAAAACGCCGGAGACCGGUGCGACUUCAUCGCCUUUGGCAAGCGAUCAGAUUUCGGUUAUGCAUUUCCCCGGGUCCACCGACGGCUCAACAUCUAAUCUGAUGGUCCCGGGUGUUAUCCACAAACGACCGUUAGGCCCCGACAUGCGAAUGCCCGACAACGGAUACAACCUGCAGAAGGCCGAACCGCCGAUGCCGUCGCAAGGACCCGCCGGAAAUCCUCUUCCGGUUUCCGUUCCGCCGCCGAUCGUCGAAACCGGACCUUCGUCUGCUCCUGCGCCCGCACCACACCAUCUACAACCGUCGUCCUUCGCCAUUCCACAGUCGUCGUCGUCCCGUUCCCCCGACCCGGCCUCAGUGAAAAUAGAACCCGUCAGUCACAAUAAUUACAACCAAGAACUGAUAAAACUGUUGACCGAUUUGCGGAUCAAUCCCGUUUCACUGCAAGAACCACCUGCGGCCCAUGGUCAAAACCAAAUGCUCGCCAACGGUCAUCCGACCACUCAUCCUGCGCAAACUCUCCCAAUUCUCCCUCCCGACACGUCGUCCUCCAAAGUCACGCAUCCGUUUCUCGGCCCGAACCAGACGCCGUUAGACUAUUUAUUGAGUUCGUCACACCAAUUGAACUCCACACCCGGUUAUACUAAGCCGAGUACCGAUACAAACACGUGGCAGACGGCUAAACCACCACCGACCACUAAACCACGUCUAAACUAUGAAUUUAUAAAAUAUUUACUGACGUUACCUAUGUAUCAACAAGCCUUAUACGAUUUAAUUAAAGCUCAGUCUUCAGUUCCAAAGUGA